AAACUGAAGAUUAUCGAGGGUCCAUCAUAUCCAUAAUAUGUGGUCGACAUGCUUCUUCCUGAUCGAGUUGGUAAUCGAGAAACCAGUGAAGAAUCCACGCAUAAAUCCUCCAUCCCUCCUGCCCCUACUCAGAGAGUGUGAAGAAUGGCUGCGGCGCCACCUCUGCAAGGCCUGCGCACAUCCUUUCUUCCUUCCUGUCUUCGCAAUAAGCUAACCCUCUCUCAAUCCCUCAAGCCCGGACGAACCCGCCGCUCGCCUCCCUAUCCCCGAAUCAGAGCCCUAGAGCUUGAUCAGAGCACGGUUGUUGCCAUCUCCGUCGGGGUUGUUAGCGUUGCCGUCGGCAUAGGAAUCCCACUUUUUUAUGAGUCUCAGAUCGACAAUGCGGCUAAGCGAGAGAAUACUCAGCCUUGCUUCCCUUGUAAUGGAUCUGGAGCUCAGCAAUGCAGGUUCUGCUCAGGAAAAGGAAUUGUGACUGUAAUUGUUGGCGGAGGCGAAAGCGAAGUAUCACAAUGCAUCAACUGUGAAGGUUCAGGCGCUUUAACGUGCACCACCUGCCAAGGCACCGGCAUUCAGCCUCGUUAUCUUGAUCGAAGGAAAGGCGGCACAUAUGUAAGAAUUGAAGUUUAUGCGUUAGAGAGUUCAAGGACGACGACUGAAACCUUUCGACUGAUAGAGGGCUGGAUUAAGGGUGUAAAUGAGUUGAGUCGAGCUCUAGCCACUAAGUUUGCUCUCAAGCUAAUAAGUCUCAGUCAUCUGAAUUGGCAAGUUAAGCUCCCGAGUCACUUAUCGAGUCAAUCCUAAGCAUGCUUGGCCUAGUUAAACCCCAGGUGAAUCUUCAAAUCUGCAUCAGAUAACUUGGGACGGUUUUAAAAGAACAGUAUGAGCACACAAACACAUGAUUGCUUGUAUAUAUAGAAAAAGAAAAACGAAUAAUGUGAAUGUAAGUAAUGCCAAUUGUACAUACAUACAUAUGCAUACACAUAAACUUA